AUGGCAACACUGAGUCGGUUUCUGCGGCUACGACCGCUCCCCUCUUCUUUCUGGCAAUACUCGACGCCAAAGCUGCCCCCAUUACGAAUCCUCUUCGCCGGCUCAGACAACUUCAGCGCGACAUCCCUUUCGGCUCUCCACCAAGCACAUGUCACCGACCCUUCCCUGAUCGGAUCAAUUGACGUUCUCUGCCGCGAAGACGGACGCACCGGCCGGAAACGCGACAUCCUUAAAGAAGUUCCCAUCAAGGCGGUAGCACAGAACCUUGGACUGCCCCUCCACACCAUAUCUUCCUUCAAAGAUUUCCAGCUGUCCACAUCAUCGUUCGAUCUCAUCAUAGCCGUCUCCUUUGGCCUCUUCAUCCCCGCCAGCAUCAUCACCAGCCUCCCUUACGGCGGACUGAAUGUGCACCCGUCCCUCCUGCCCCGCUACCGCGGCGCAGCACCUAUCCAGCGGACGCUCUUGAACCACGAUGCCGAAACCGGCGUUACGAUCCAAACUCUCGACACCAAGCGCUUCGACCACGGCGCAAUCCUGAUGCAGUCGUCACCGCCCGUUAAGAUCUAUCCGCGAACCAGCUACCACGCACUACACGACAAGCUUGCCGUCCGCGGAGCAGAAAUGCUCGUUGAGACGUUGCGACGGCAGCUAUUCGUCCCGCCGAUCUCGGCGGUUCAGAAUACGUACGAGGCUUCACUCGCGCCCAAGAUCACACCGGAGGAUGCACACAUCGACUGGGCCGCGUGGGGGGCCGAUGAGAUGGAGCUCCGCGCUGAGAUGCUGGGUGAGGUGUGGACCGAGUUGGGGUACGAAAUGGAACAGCCCGAUGUACCGCGAAAACGCGCGAUCCUCUAUGACAUCAAAGCUCUGGAUUUCACGCCCGAGCUGGAUAUACCCGUCGGUUGCUUCCGAUACCUCAAGAGGGAGUACCAGGAGAUGAUGGUGCUCAAAUGUAAAGAUGGGGAGUGGGUGCGUGUAGGCGCCGUCAAGGUCGAGGGGAAGAGGGUGGUUGAGGGGGGAACAUGGAUUAGGAGUCUACAGAAGCGGGGUAUCGGGAGAAGGUUUUACUAG